UCAGGGAGUCAGAGGGACCUGUGGCCCGCACGGCGCUCUGUGGAGGCACAACACACGUGCAGUUUACGUUUUUUUUUCCAUAAUUAUUUUCUUAUGUGACGUUGCAAUCUGUGUUUUCCCCUUUUUUUUCGAACAAAUUCAAAGGUUGUGUUGAAGCACCUCUUCGGGCUCGCAACUGCAGUGUUCAAGCAGCCUCCAGAGUUCUGCCGUCUGCAUCACCAUGGGGAUCAAAGCCGCUCUUCCUAAGUAUGAGAUCUACUUCUACAACACCGUGUUGUGUCUGGCAAUGUUCUGGGCAGCUAGCUGGAUCUUUGAAGUGUCCAGUUCCAAUGCGAACAGAAGGACCUUCAAAGCCAGCGUGAAGCUGGGAUACUUUGGGAGGAAGAUGGACACAGCCGAUUUUGAGUGGAUGAUGUGGUUUUCCACCUUCGGAGCGCACAUCCUGUUUGCUCUUUCCGGCCAUGUGUUGUUUGGCAAGAUCUGCACCAUGCUGGCUCAACAGUACAGGUCCUUGGUGUAUAUGGGUUAUGGUCUGCUGGCUGUGUGGACCAGCAUGGGAUGGACCUAUGUCACCCUCAUCCUGUCCCACUGUAUCCUGCUCUACAGUAUCUCCUUAGUGAAAAUUCGCUGGCUCUGCUUUGUUACGGGUCUUUGUACCCUCGCCACUUUCAAGUGUGAACCCUUCGUGUCUUGGCAGGCAGGUUUCGUGGAGGGGGACUUUGAGCUGCGCCAUGUUCUCUUCUAUGGAGGUUGUGGGUUCACCAUCAUGCGCUGCAUGAGCUUUGCUCUGGAAAACUGUGAAAGGAAGGAGGGGAACUACAACAUCCUCGAGCUGCUCAAGUACAACUUCUACCUCCCUUUCUUCUAUUUCGGGCCUGUCAUGACCUUUGAUAAAUUCUAUGUCCAAGUCAACAAGUCUGACUUGUCCAGGAAAGAACAGGAAAUGUGGAACAUCAAUCUGCAGGGUCUGGUCCACUUUGGAGUCAUCAUCCUAGUUGACGUCCUCUUCCACUUCAUGUAUAUCCUUACCAUCCCCACUGACAUGAAACUUCUGAAGCAUCUCUCUGACUGGGCUCUGGUGGGACUUGCGUACUUUAACCUAAUGUAUGACUGGGUUAAGGCUGCCGUAAUGUUCGGGGUCAUCAACACUGUGUCCAGGUUGGAUCACCUGGACCCCCCCAAACCCCCGAAGUGCAUCACGAUGCUCUAUGUGUUUGCUGAGACGCAUUUUGACAGAGGGAUCAACGACUGGCUGUGCAAGUACGUCUACGAUUACCUUGGAGGAAAGCACGAGAAUGUGGUGGAGGAGCUGUUGGCUACACUUUGCACUUUUGGUGUCACCAUCCUCUGGUUGGGACCUUGUGAAGUUGUCCUAGUGUGGGGUUUCCUUAACUGUUUUGGUCUCAAUUUUGAGCUGUGGACCGCCAAAUUCUUCUCCAUGGAGCCAUUUGCAUCAUUUGAGAUUGCGAUGUCAGAAGCAACGUCCCGCCGCAUCAGAGCCCUUUUCAACACUUUCAACUUCUGGAGCAUUGUAUUGUACAACAUUGUGGCCUUAAACAGUUUGGACUUUGCCAAACUGGUUGCCAAACGACUGCUUCUCAAAGGUUUCCCUAUAACCACCAUCAUCGUCAUGUUUGUGACAUACUGCCUGAUUCAAGUAAUCAAGGAGCGAGAGAGGAGGCAGGCCCUUAUCUACGACCCUGAUCCCCUUCCUCCCGCCCCGUCUCCAAAUGCUGCCCCCAGCCCACCUGCUACUGCCUCUGCGCCUGAAUCUGCUCCUGCAACUGUGCCUGCAUCUGCCCCUGCGGCUGAACUCGCUGCUGCUCAGCCAGCGGCAGACACCAGCAAAGAAAAAGCGGAGUAGAUGGUUUCUAAUUUGGGUUAAAAGAACAACAAAAGACAGAGCAUUGUUUAAAUGUAAAGACUGUCAUAGCUUAAUUAGCUUUUAUAACAAGGAUUUUUAACAGAGGCAGAAACUGUAAAUAAAUCUUGCAGUAUUAAUAUGUAUGAUAAAAAAACAUAAUUUCUAGUAAAGAAAAACGUUCCUAACAUUUGAUGUCAAAUCAUGUGCUGUACAAAUAUAUGCUGUCCGUGAGCCUGUGAAAAUGAUUCACAUUGAAGUGACAAUGCUGGGAUUGUGGGAUGCCUGACACUUGUCAGCACUAUUAUACACCAAAAAUAAACUGCAAAAUUUGCUCAAAGCAUAAUUCUUUAUGUAUUUUUGGGUGGAAUUUUCAAACUUCUUUUGGUUCUGAAAUUUGUCUAUGAGACUUUCUGCUCUACAUGAGUCAUGGUGUCGACUGUCAGACAUUUCUCUUGUGUUACAUCAGCUGUUUGUCACCAUUUUGCUGUAAACUGCACUGGCAGCUGGGGCCAUUUCUGCCAGGACAUCAGCACAUCAAUAAAAAGCACAACUAAAGAAGACUUUAGAAUGAGAGGCAAGGUCCUGUUUCCUUUAUCACAAUAUUGAUAUCAUGUUAUUAUACCUGCACCACCAAGGUAAGGAAAAUAAAGAAGAUACACUUAAGAUUAUAAGUUAUAUUAUAUCAUUUUACGAUUGUAAAGGAUUUCCGGC